AUGGAGCAAAGGUGAAGGUGGCUCAUGGCUGAACGAACCAAGCAUGCACAUGAUUUAGCUUUGUUGUCUUUGGUGCUUCUGUUGCAGAACAGAGAACAUGCUACAUGCAACGUCCGAGUGGGCCCUAUAAUGGCCCACUAAAUAGUUAAGUGCUCCGUGUUUUAAUGUUAGCCCAAUAUGAGUCUGAAAGGUGCGGGCUGGGACCCAAGAUGGCAGGUGCGUCACAAAUCGUAUCUCAACCAGAAUGCUUCUCAACUCCCAAGUCUCAAGUGUUAAUGUAUUUUGUUUUUUUUUUUUUAAAAAAAAUUUAUCAAGAAGGUAAGGGAUGAACUUAGGAUACGAAGGGGGUGAAAACAACAGUUCUCAAAUCACAGCAAUUCAGUAACCGACUAAAGUGCAAAUCGUUUACCGCACACAACAUUUCAGUGAUUCACACAAUGGAAAUGGAUUGUCGUUGCACCUAGAGAUUCAAUUCAACACUUCAGAGGUAGUGUCGAUUUUGGAGUUUCUCCGCGUGAUUUCAUGUGAGUAUGUUUUCAACACCGUGGCUGAUCUCCUUCUUAUUUGAAUGAUGCAUUUGAUUUAGCGCUAUCGACCCUUCAUGGUUUAUCAAUCUUCCCUCAAGAAAUUUUGGUAAAAUUUUGAUCUUUUCUACCCUUUCUAUCAACCCUUCUUGCUGCAUGUUGAAGCGUGGAUACAAACCAAAGCCAUGGAUUGGAGCACAGAAUUGCGGGGUCUCUGUGUUUCUCAUGUUUUUCACAUUGAUGCUAAUGUUAGUGGUUUUCCUUUUAGUAUUUCAUUAUGAUAGUGAUGGUGCUAAUCCCAGUUUAGCUUAUGAUUAUGAGCUUCCUAAACAAAAAUGGAAUAGCUCUGACUCGUUGGUGAGUUUGCAUCCGAAAAAAGAGUUCCGGAAUGGAACUGAUUUGAUAUGGCAAGUGCCCGAAUCACCUAAAGGUGUUCUCUUUCUGGCUCAUGGAUGCAAUGGCAGGGCCAUUAACUUCUGGGACAAGUCCCCUGAAUGCCCUGAUUGCAUUGGUUUGCCUGAAGAGCGGUUGCUUGUACUCCAUGGUCUUGCCCAAGGUUUUGCUGUUAUUACUAUUUCAAGUGCACAAAGAUGUUGGACACUUGGUAAAGAAGUGAUGGUUGUUAAAGACAUUAUAGAGUGGUGGAUUGGUAGAAGGAAGCUUGAGAAGCUUCCUCUUGUGGCUUUGGGUGCUUCUUCUGGAGGGUAUUUCGUGUCUGUGCUUGCCGCCGCCAUGAAGUUUAGUAGUACUGUGCUCAUGAUUGCUGAGGGGAUGUUUGAGCAAAUUGAUGUUAAAGGGGACUAUCCGCCUACCCUUUUUGUUCACAUGCCAAAAGAUCUUUAUAGGCAGCAGAAAAUAGAUGAAUAUGUGAAGGUUUUAAAAGAUAAAGGGAUUGAUGUUGGUGUUGUUGAAUGUAUGGAGUUCCCGUUGUUGCCGAAUACUUUAGCUGACAGAAUUCCAGGGCUUGAUCAGGCUCUUUCCAGGAAGUUAUUUGAGUUCUUUCAGGAAAAGGGCUUUAUUGAUAAAAAUGGUUAUAUGAAAAAAGAUGGGCGUCAAAUCAAAUGGAAAAAGGCUCUUGAGGAGAAGAAAGCUCUUCUGCUGGAUAAGAAUCUGGUCCCUCACAUCCAAGAGGAGCUAAACCUUGCAUUUGCUUACCAUGAGAUGACUAGUGUGCAUUCUGACCAAAUUUUUAAAUGGUUUGAAUCUCACAUGAGCUGAUAAAAAAUUACCUGCGUUGAAACCACUUGUAUAUGAUGGACCUAUCCUUCUCAAUUUUCCUGAAAUUCAAUCCGAGAUUUAUUGACUCAUGUAAAAACUUCUAUAGUGGUUUCUUUAUCAGAGGUUGAGUUGGAAUUUCUUACCUAGGUGUUACUGUCAGAAGUUAUCUAUGUAAAAGGUAUGCCUCUGAACCUUUUCACCAAUACCAUAUGUGCUUUGGCAAGCAGUAUGCUGUAUGUUAUCCUAGAUUUUGUUAAAAUUAUAAUCUUCCUACCGUUUUUCUUGA